GUCCAGUAGUGACGACAGAGACAAAAUGGAGACGCUUGAAAACAACGUGAUUAACCAAGAUCUCUGUAGAUUUCGUGCUAGUUAAUAAAAGAUAGUAAAUUAAAACGAACUAACUGCAGCAGGAACCAGUUUAACCAUUUCCAUCCAUCCCACCUGAGGAAAACGAGACAAAAUGCCUCACCGGAAAAAGAAGUCAUUCAUUGACAAGAAGAAGGCGGUGACCUUUCACUUGGUGCACAGGAGUCAGAAGGACCCCCUGGCAGCAGAUGAGAAAGCACCUCAACACGUCCUGCUGCCCACCGCUAAGGCGGAUGCAGAGAAGCGGCGAGAAGAGCAGAGGAAUUUUGGCGUCUUCUUUGACGACGACUACGAUUACCUGCAGCACCUAAAGGAAGCUUCCGGGCAGACGGAGCUGCUGGCCGCCAGACCCUCGCACACCUCUAAUCUCCGACAUGAUGAUGAUGAUGAUGAUGAUGACGAUGACAUUGAUGAGAAAGAUCAAGUUGUACCUGCGGCGGGCAUUAAGCUUCCAUCGUCGGUAUUCGCCUCCGAUUUCGAGGAAGCUGUGGGGCUCCUCAACAAAGCUGCUCCCAUCUCAGGGCCACGUCUGGACAUGGACCCUGACAUUGUGGCCGCCCUGGACGAGGACUUUGACUAUGACGACCCCGACAACGCGCUGGAAGACGACUUUAUCGCCAAAGCCAAUUGUGCCAGCGGUGCCCAACCCGGAGAUGACGACGACUCGUGGGAGGAUACGGACGAUGACGAGGAUGGCGAGUUUGAUUCCGAGGGUGCCUUUUCCGACGAUGAGGGUAACGCUAUGGAGUUCCCGUUCGACGAGGAGGAGACGAGAACUCGUUUCACUGAGUACUCCAUGACGUCGUCAGUGAUGCGCCGUAACGAGCAACUCAGCCUGCUGGACGAUCGCUUCGAGAAGUUUUACGAGCAAUUUGACGACGACGAGAUCGGUGCCCUGGAUAACGCCGAGCUGGAAGGCUACAUCGCGCCCGAUAGCGCUCGUCUGGAAGAGGUCAUCAAAGACUACUUCGCACAGAAAGAAAAAGAGUCCUUGAGGCCUGAUGACUUGGGUCCAAAAGAACUUCCUGUCCUGCAAGAGGAAGAAGACGAGGGUGAGGAGGAAGAGAUGGAAACGUUGGUCAUCGAAGCCACAGAGGAGAAGUGGGACUGUGAGACCAUCAUCAGUACCUACUCCAACAUCUACAACAGACCCAAAGUCAUCGAAGAUCCGCCAAAGGUGAAACCGAUCCACGUCUCCAGUAAGACGGGGUUCCCCCUAGAUGUCCUUACCGCCAGAGGUCCCACCAGCAAGCAGGCGGAGCGAAUGAGCAGGAUCAACGACGCAGACCUGCCUCGCGCCGCCACCCUGCCACGUGACCGAGAUGAGAGCAAGGACCAGAGGAAAGCCCGCAAAAGUGCCAUCAAGGAGGAGCGAAAGGAGAGGCGCAUGGAGAAGAAGGCCAACAAGAUGUCAUUUAAGGAGGAGAAGUUGCGUCAGGAAAAGCAACUGAUCAACAUCAGGAACAAUGUUCAGGGCCUCAAACUCUCGUAGACAGCGGGCAGCUACCACUUGGUUCACUUUUGUUUUUUUUAUUUGCUCAAGACUCUUCCUCAAAUACAGCCUUUAUAUUCCUCGCUUGCUCGUUGGCUCAUUGAAAUAUGAUCUUGGUCUUAUUUGUUCAUUUUGUUAUCAGGUAUACAAUGAAAGAGAGAACACUCAUUUUAUUAUAGCCGUCCCUUUGUCCCCUGAAAUUCACAAACAACAUAAUUAAAAUAAAAAAACAACACACAUCAAACCACUGUAAACACAAGUCAGUGUUCGGUAUGUACCUCGUCACAAACAAAAAGGCUUUUUAUAUCACAGCAUUUGAAAGUUGGUUCUAUUGGCUAAACUAAAAUGCAUCUAAUUGUAACGAGUCACAUGACAUUUUGGAAGGAAAAUGACAAGCAGUACUCAAUUUAGACAUUAGGGAUGUACGUUUUUUCAAAGGGGUGUACUCACUUUUGUUGCCAGGGGUUUAGAUAAUUAAUGGCUAUAUUUUGAAUUAACUCUAUAAACUGCACACAGACUACUUUUCAUUGUGUCAAAGUGUGAUUUUGUCAGUGUUGUCCCAUGAAAAAUAUCUGCAGAAAUGUGAGGGGUGUACUCACUUUUGUGAUACACUGUAUAUAUCAGUGGCGGUUGCUGGUCUUUCAGUGAGCUGAAGCUCAACGUAUGCCCGCCUGUGAAUGUUUUGUGAUCGUGGAGGGACUCUGUGGCACCCGCUGCUCAGUUGGGAAAGAAGCUAGAGUGCCAGAAGUCAAGUCUCCAAACAUAUGCAGCUACAAUAAAAAAACAGGAAUAGGACAAUUUUUUUCACUAGUCAUUUUUAACAAAGCAAGUGUCACUAGGAUAAUUAUUGUCUCGAGUUCAACUCAGAUCAACGGAAUGAAAAUUGAAAAAUGCCUCUCGUAGAUGUUAAACCGCAAGAUCACUGAUUCACUCAUUUCGCUGUCAAUCAAAAAGGUACUGUGAAGCUGUGUGUAUGAAUGAAGAGCACGCCGCAUCAUUAGAAGCUGAUUCUGAACAAAAGUUGAGGGCAUAUUUAGUCAAUGACAUGUACACACAACAGUAUAUUCAGUAACAGUAUUUGAUCACUUAUUUUUUUGACAUUUUCGGGGAAGCUGAGCUUCCCUUGCAGUCUUACAGCAAUUGCCCCUGGUAGCAGAGUAAGAGUGGUGUUUCUUCACAAAUCUACUCAAGUAGAAAUAAAAAGUAUGGCAUUGUAAAACUACACUUAUCAGUACAGUUUUCUCAAAAAGUGAUGUAAAUGUAAUGGAGUAAAUGUAACG